ACGCUUUAGAGUUUACACCAUCCUUCCAAAUCUUAGCUGCGUUUCCGGGAACUGAGCUGUGUUUACCUUGGCUUCCGAUUACCUUGGCAACAAGUUUCCUGCAAGGAACAGGCGCAGCUCCACAUCCUCGAACCUGCUCCCCACCCCCUGCCUUUCAAUAGCCGUCUUCCUGGAGCCGGAGGCCUCCCAGAUUAAGGGCGGGGUACUGGCCCUUUAGACUUGACCUACGAAGGCGGACGGAGCUAAAACUGACGUCAACCCGAAUGUGAGCGGUGUCAGACACGUGGUACAAGGAGGCAUUCAUCUUGGAACAGGGCAACUGGCAUUUCGGCUCUGGAAGUAUCUUUAACAUAAUGUUAGGGAAGCAUCUGUUCUUGGCUGCCUUUCUUUAAUUGCUUUUCCAAUACUCUCGCGAUGAUUCCACUCUCGAACAAAGGAUGAAAUUAUAGAAUCAUACUUCUCUUCCACCCCCACCUCCACACUCUAGUGCCCAUAUUAAAAAUGGCGGCCGCCGCCUUCCGCAGUGAUAGUUGUUCAGCGAAUAAGAUCCGGGCGGAAACAGUAGGUAGGCAGGUGCAGCGAGGCAGAACCUAGGUUGCUUUAGCGAGGUUUUCGGGGGUCCCGAAGGCGGCUCAAGUCAGAGUUGUUGGGUUUUGCUCAGAUUGGUGUGGGAAAAGCCUGCCUGUGGGGAGCGGCCACUCCAUACCGCUGAGGCCUCAGGACUGCUGCUCAGCUUGCCCGUUACCUGAGGAGGCAGCGGAGCCGGGCCCCUGACCGGUCACCAUGUGGGCCUUACCGGAAUUGCCCAUGCCGCUGCUGGUGAAUUUGAUCGUCUCGUUGCUGGGAUUUGUGGCCACAGUCACCCUCAUCCCGGCCUUCCGGGGCCACUUCAUCGCUGCGCGCCUCUGUGGUCAGGACCUCAACAAAUCCAGCCGACAGCAGAUCCCAGAAUCCCAGGGAGUGAUCAGCGGUGCAGUUUUCCUUAUCAUCCUCUUCUGCUUCAUUCCUUUCCCCUUCCUGAACUGUUUUGUGAAGGAGCAGUGUGAGGCAUUCCCCCACCAUGAAUUUGUGGCCCUGAUAGGUGCCCUCCUUGCCAUCUGCUGCAUGAUCUUCCUGGGCUUUGCGGAUGAUGUACUGAAUCUGCGCUGGCGCCAUAAGCUGCUGCUACCCACAGCUGCCUCACUACCUCUCCUCAUGGUCUAUUUCACCAACUUUGGCAACACGACCAUCGUGGUGCCCAAGCCCUUCCGCCCGAUUCUUGGCCUGCAUCUGGACUUGGGAAUCCUGUACUAUGUCUACAUGGGGCUGCUGGCAGUGUUCUGUACCAAUGCCAUCAAUAUCCUAGCAGGAAUUAACGGCCUAGAGGCUGGCCAGUCACUAGUCAUUUCUGCUUCCAUCAUUGUCUUCAACCUUGUAGAGUUGGAAGGUGAUUGUCGAGAUGAUCAUGUCUUUUCCCUCUACUUCAUGAUACCCUUUUUUUUCACCACUUUGGGAUUGCUCUACCACAACUGGUACCCAUCACGGGUGUUUGUGGGAGAUACCUUCUGUUACUUUGCUGGCAUGACCUUUGCCGUGGUGGGAAUCUUGGGACACUUCAGCAAGACCAUGCUACUAUUCUUCAUGCCCCAGGUGUUCAACUUCCUCUACUCACUGCCUCAGCUCCUGCAUAUCAUCCCCUGCCCUCGCCACCGCAUACCCAGACUCAAUAUCAAGACAGGCAAACUGGAGAUGAGCUAUUCCAAGUUCAAGACCAAGAGCCUCUCUUUCUUGGGCACCUUUAUUUUAAAGGUGGCAGAUAGCCUCCGGCUGGUGACAAUCCACCAAAGUGAGACUGAGGAUGGUGAAUUCACUGAAUGUAACAACAUGACCCUCAUCAACUUGCUACUUAAAAUCUUUGGGCCCAUACAUGAGAGAAACCUCACAUUGCUCCUGCUGCUGUUGCAGGUGAGGAUGGGGAUAGGGUUUACUUCUCCUUGUCCCCCUUUCUUCAUGAUUCUUACUCCAGCCUAUUUCUCCUUGCAGAUCCUGGGCAGUGCCGUCACCUUCUCCAUUCGAUACCAGCUCGUCCGACUCUUCUAUGAUGUCUGAGUCCCUUGAUCAUUGUCCUUUACCUCACAGUCUCUAGGAUUCCUCACUCAGGCUGACCUCUCCCUGGACCAAGACUGCCUCCUGGCCAAGGCGUCUCACUUUUCAUGCUCCUCCAGAUUUUGUUCUCAGCAUUUUCCUUUCCCUGUGAUCACUGGCAUCCUGGGCGUUUCUUGUCCUCUACUGACGACUGAUUGGACUUUGCCUAUGGCCUCCUGCAACUUGCCACUCUCUCCCUCUCCAUCCCAUCUUUGCAGCCUCAUAGGGUGGGAUGCAGCAGUUUUUUUUUUUUUCUUUUUUUUUUUGCAGUUAUCCACACUCAAAUUUCAGAGUCCUGACUUUCAAGGAACUGCUGGUCUUUGGGAUAGAACUUAGGCCAGGGCUAGGGACACAGGCUCCAAGGUGACAUGUCAUUUGAUUGUAAAUUAAGUGUUCUGAUUAGUAAGAGCUGAGCAGGGGGCCACAUGCUCCCAAUGGAGACAAUAAAGUGUUGUCUUUUUCUUAUUGUU